UUCUACGUCAACUUGGCACCAUUGAUUACGUCACUGACAGCUGCUUGCAUGCAAAAGAAAAUAACAAAACCCAAUUUUGUUUAUUUUCUCAUCUUUCUUGUGAUUCCUAAUUCCUAAAUACAACCAUUUUCUUUUGUUUACAAAAUAGAAUUACAAUGGAAGAACAAUUAAUUGAAUUUGUUAGAAAACACAAUUGUUUAUAUGAUAAAUCAAAUCCACAGUACAAAAUAAUUCCCCUAAGAGACAAAAAGUUCGAAGAACUAUCAAAGAAACUAAACAUUCCAGCCUCAAAACUCAAAGCCCGAUGGAGAACUCUACGAGAUACCUUUCACAAAGAAAUUAAGGCAGAAAGUUUCGAUUGUACCUCAAGUACCAAAAAACAAUGGAAAUGGAUGGAACAUCUUAGGUUCCUACAAAACGUUAAUCAUUCCAAUUCAAGCACCCCGAUUCCAGCAAGAUUUUCUGGUCGAAAAAGACGAUUUGCCAACAUCACUGGAGAAGAAGACACAUCCAGAGAUGACUUAACUUUAUUGGGAGAUAAUUCAGAGACUAAUUUUACCGAUGAACGAACAUCGACAAUGUCAAUUGCUGAAAGCGACUCAAAAACAAAAUUUGAACAAACGAUAAAUGAGUCAAGGAUUCCAAUGCUAUUCAUUCCACCAACCACAGCGAUAACGCCGACUAUGACAAAUGGAAAUGGUACUUCUAUUGUACACUAUGAUGCCUCAACAAACACAAGGUCUGCAGUUCAACUAUUUUUUGAGAGUCUAGCAAAGCAAACAGAAGACGCUAAUAUUAGUGCGAGAAAAUUCGCUCAACUGCAAUUGAAACUUUUACAAGUUUUUAAUAAAGAAAUAUAUGAUAUAUGAAAUUAGAAAAAAUAAGAAAUAAAAUAAUUUA